AUGGCCACCGGCCCAAACUCCGAAGACAUCGUAGAGGGCCUGGUUGUCAACGAGGCUGGCCUGGCCAGCAAUGAGCUUCCUGUCACAAAGGCCUUUAGGGACCUGAUGCACAGGGUGGCAGGGUACAACGAGUCAGACCUCCUGCGCCAGCUGCAAGAGUCCCUGUCUGCGGAUGCAAAGCCAGCGGGAGAGCAGAAACCCGAUGACCCUGCAAAGAUUGAGGACAACCUCCGGCUGCUGUCAGAGACACUGAAUGUCAUGUUUGCCCUGCUGGAGGAUGAGAACGUGCCCAUUGCUGAGAACCUGUCCGACCUGGAUCUGGCAGGCCUGGAGGCCCUGCGGGCGUCAUUGAAUGAGCGCUACUCGGGUCCGAAUGAGAUGGUGGUGAACACUGCCCCUCCAGGCCAGCUCCCAUGGGAGAUCCUGGGCGUGGACGAGUCCAGAGGGGCCAUCCACUGGGCGGCAGACCUGACGGACGGGCGGGCGGUGGCGCCGUGGAGGGCUGCCUCCCUCGCCUUUGCCACCAAGGUCCGCAUGUACCAGCUCUACUGCGACGACCCGGUCAGGAACAGCCCCGCCGCGCUUGCGGCCCAGUUUGGCGUCCGUGAGCAGCGAGUGCACGCCAUCCUCGCCCUCAAGGAGCUCGAGGCCAAGGCGCUGUCGGCCGCGCUACCGGAGGACGCGCGGGCUGCCCUACUCCGCGUUGCCGAGGAGGACGCCGAGCUGGGGUCGGACGUGGGCGUGUCUGGCGAGGGCGAGCGGCACCACGUCAUCCUGCCCUCCUAUCCCAACUACGAGGAGAUGGACCUCGCUGCCUUCAGCUCGCGCCUGGAGGCGCGGCUGGGCAAGCCCAUGGCGGAGAUCAGCGAGGCGGACCUGACCCCGGCCAUUGCCAAGGAGGUGCUGGGCCUGGAGAGCAAGGAGGAGGUUGAGGCGCGGCUGGCGGCGGCGGAGGAGGCGACGCUGGUGGAGGAAUUCACCUCGCGCCUGGCCUACAAUCUGGGCAAGGAGGGCGCCGGUCUGCAGCGCAAGUCGCGGCGCACUCACUUCCCCCGCCGGCCGCCGACAGGCUGGAACCUGGUGGUCAAGCCCCUGGGUCAAUCUGACGAGGAGCCCUACGUCGCCGAGGCGACCGGCGGGCGCCGGGAGCCCAACGCCGACGAGGCGUUGCUGCUCAAGCGCCAGACGCCCCGGCCGCGGCGUCGCAUCCUUUGA